AUGUGGCUCGACCGCAUCUCCGGCCAUUCCACCCCCUCCGCCCCCCAGCCCGACAGUCGCAGUAACUCGCCGCUGCCACGACGCUCCUCCUCCCGCCUCUCUCCCUAUGCGCAACCCGCCCGCCCGACCUCCUCCAACCGACAAGGCUCCUCCCUCUCCGUCCUCGUGACCCCCAGUGACUCCAAUGUGUCGCUGCCAGCCACCGUGCGCGCCGAUGGGUCGGUGCUGAGACAGUCCGCUGCAAGGUCCCGUCCCUCCGACGUGGCCGAUCCGCUGCAGGUGUUGAGCGGCAUUAUUGGAAAGCAGAAGGAAAAUGCAGUGCAGACAGACAAACUCUCCCCGAUCUCCGUAUCGACGGACAAACCGUCGCAGCUAGUGGAGAACAUCGACUUCAACGGCCUGAGCCUCGAGGACUUCGCCGCCGCCGAAUCGGAGCCGCGACGGGCCGGCAGCGACGUCGGCGCGCAGACCAUUCGGCAAUUCGAACAAGAGCGAGACAAAUUCCAGGAUCUCCAUUCGGCCAUCACGGGAUGUGACGACGUGUCCAAAUCGGUGGAGUUGUAUCUGAGUGACUUCCAGACCGAACUCGGCGCCGUCUCGGCGGAGAUCGAGACCCUGCAGACCCGCUCCGUGCAGCUGAACGCCAUGCUGGAGAAUCGGCGCAACGUGGAGCAGCUGCUGGGGCCGGCGGUGGAGGAAAUUAGCAUUUCGCCGCGGACGGUUCGGGUGAUUGCGGAAGGUCCCAUUGAUGAUAGCUGGGUAAAGGCCUUGAACGAGAUCGAGACGCGAACGGCGAGCAUCGAGGCUCGGGUUUCCAGCUCGACUACCACUGCAUCUAUUGACGAUGUCCGUCCGCUUCUGGAGGACAUCAAGAAGAAGGCGGUGGAGAGGAUCCGUGAUUACUUGGUCUCGCAGAUCCGAGCGCUGCGGUCGCCGAAUAUCAACGCCCAGAUCAUCCAGCAGCAGCGGCUCGUCCGGUUUAAGGACCUGUACAGCUACAUGUCGAGAGCGCACCCGACGCUGACGGGCGAAAUCACCCAGGCCUACGUCAACACCAUGCGAUGGUACUAUCUGUCACAUUUCACGCGCUACCUGCAGGCCCUGGAGAAGAUCAAAGUGUAUCCCAGUGAUCGGAACGAGGUCCUGGGCGGAGAUGCGACGCAAAAAGCAGGCAACAUGGUCACCGGCAGCCGGGCUGGCGCGGCGGCGCACGAUCCGUUCUCGCUGGGACGAAGGAUCGACAUUCUUCGCACCGGCAACCAAAUGGCCAUGUCGUCGUACCUGGCGGAGGAGGACAAUUCCUUCCACGGCAUCGAAGUGCCGUUCCGGAAUUUCAACCUGGCGCUGGUGGACAACGUGUCCGCCGAGUACUCGUUCAUGACGGAGAUGUUCUCGUCCCUGUCGUUCCACCAGAUCUCGCGCAAGGCCGUGGAGAUCUUCGAACCGGUCUUCGCUCUGGGACAGACGCUGACGAAGCAGCUCAUCGACAACACGACCGACUCGCUCGGCGUCCUGAUCUGCGUGCGGCUGAACCAGCACGCCGCCUUCGAGCUGCAACGCCGCAAGGUGCCCGUGGCCGACGCCUACGUCAACGGCACGAACAUGCGCCUGUGGCCGCGGUUCCAGGUGAUCAUGGACAUCCAGUGCGAGUCGCUGCGCCGGGUCGGAUCGAACACGGGACGCAGCGCGGUGUCGGCGCUGUCCCUGGCGGGCGGCGACGAUCUGAACCAGUCGGCGGCGCCGCAUUUCCUGACGCAGCGGUUCGGGCAACUGCUGCACGGCAUCCUCGUCCUCAGCAGCGAGGCCGGCGACGACGAGCCGGUGGCCAACAGUCUGGCGCGACUGCGCGGCGAGUUCGACGCGCUGCUGGCCAAGCUGAGUCGCAUCGGCGGCGAUGCCAAACGACGCGAACGGUUCCUCUUCAACAACUACUCCUUGAUUUUGACCAUUAUUAGUGAUACCCAAGGCAAAUUAGCGACUGAACAGCGACAGCAUCUGGAGGAGAUGCUGAAGAGCUCCCUUCGCCGGGCGCGACAGUUCCAAGCGCGCUCGUUCUCGAGCUCCCGCGCCGCUCGGGCCGACGUGACCCAUGCGGUCAUCGGUGCCGGUGUCGUCGGACUUGCUGUCGCCAGGCAGUUGGCGGCCAAGGGAGGCUCGACCAUCUUGUUGGAGAGGAACGAUGGACCGGGCAUGGAGACGAGUAGUCGCAAUUCAGAGGUCAUCCACGCCGGUCUCUACUACGGCACGGACACGCUCAAAACCAACCUCUGCAUCCGCGGGAAACAAAUGCUCUACGAGCUCUGCGCAGAGAAGGGCAUCCCGCACCGCAACACGAAGAAGUGGAUUGUCGCGCAGACGCCCGAGCAAUGGGCCGCCACGCUCAAGGUGCACGAGCACGCGCAGAACAUCGGCGUGCCGACGCGCAUCCUCACGACCGAGGAGGCCUCGCGACGGGAGCCGGCCGUGCAGGCGCGCGCAGGCAUCGUGGAGAGCCCGACGACGGGCAUCGUCGACAGCCACUCGCUGAUGGUGUACCUGCAGGGGGCGUUCGAGGAGAAGGGCGGCGACUGCGCGUUCCGCACGAACGUCACGGCGCUGGAGAAGUUACCUGACGGCCAGGGGUUCCGGAUCACGGCGCGCGACGCUGACGGCGAGGAGACCAGCAUCACGGCGGAGACGGUCAUCAACAGCGCCGGCAACUACGCCUGCAUGAUCAACAACAUGCUGCUGCCGGCGGAGCGCCACCGCACGCCGUACUACGCCAAGGGCACGUACUUCUCCUACGGCGCCUCCAGGCCCACCACCAGCGUGUUGGUGUACCCGGCGACGCUGCCGGGCCACGGCGGCCUCGGCACGCAUCUGACGCUGGACAUGGGCGGGCGCAUCCGAUUCGGCCCGGACGUGGAAUGGGUGGACGACGCCAACGACCUGAAGCCCAGCGCGGCGCGCCUGCAGCAGGCGCUGGCCGAGAUCCGGGCGUAUCUGCCCGCCGUCGAUCCGGAGGCGAUCAGUCUGGACUACUGUGGGAUUCGACCGAAGCUGGGCCGUGGCGGGGCCGUGAACACGGGCAAAGGGUUCCAGGACUUUGUGAUCCAGAAGGAGGACGGAUUCCCGGGGUUUGUGAAUCUGUUGGGCAUCGAGAGUCCCGGGUUGACGAGUUCAUUGGCGAUUGCGGAGCGAGUGGAGGGAUUGCUGUACGGUUGAGCCUGUCAUGUUUCCCAUACCCAGGCCAUGGCGAAAAGCCACUGGCCCGUACAUAUUAGACUCUCGCCCAUAUGAUUGUGUGUUCGCAGACAAAGAGCUGAUGUGUCGUCGAGCAAAGUCCAGACAGCCAGACCCACGUAGAG